UGUAACUUCCCCAACCCUAAAGCCACCGAGACACAGAGAUCAAUGGCGGGCGAGAACAAGCCCAAAUCCAAUUCCAACGACAACAACUACAGUAAGGGGAAGAAGAGGAAGUAUCUUCCGCAUGGGAAACCGGUGAAGAAGGGAUUGUAUCCGCUGCGCCCCGGCGUACAGGGGGUUUUCCUUACUUGCGAUGGAGGAAGGGAGCGCCAGGCGACCAAUGAAGCGCUUAAUCUCCUAGAAACCUACUAUGAAGAGCUAGUGCAUGGGAAAAAGUCAGUUGUUAAAUGUGGUGCUGUUCCUAGUAAACCAUUGAAUAAAAUAAUUAAAUUCAGGGAUUCUGAUUCUUCUAGUGAUGAAGAUGAGGAUAGUCCUCAUGCAGAUGAGUCAGAUGCUUCCCUACGAGAUCAUGGGGACCUACAAACAAAGAAGGUGAAAGAAGAUGCCUCUCCUAGUCAUGAAAAGGAACCAGAAAUGCAGAAACCUGCAGAAGAAAGUGAGGACUUACCAUCGAAGAAGCAACGUGUCAAUACAUGUGCAGCUAAAAUGGAAAAUGUAGAAAGUACUAAAACUGAUGAUAAACCUAUUGAUGAGUUAAUUGAAGAUGAACUCAGAGAGCUAGGAGACAGGAACAAGAGGCAUUUUGUGAGCCUUGACUCAGGUUGUAAUGGUGUUGUCUUUAUUCAAAUGCACAAACGAGCUGGAGAUCCUAGCCCUACUGAGAUUGUACAGCACAUGAUGACUAAUGCUGCUUCUACAAAGAAGCAUAUGUCAAGGUUCAUACUGAGGGUUAUACCAGUUGAGUUGACAUGUUAUGCAUCAGAACAGGAAAUUUCAAAAGCAAUUAAACCAAUUAUUGAACAACACUUUCCUAACGAAGCUCCUAUUCCACAAAAGUUUGCAGUGCUAUAUGAAGCACGAUCUAAUACAGGUAUUGAGAGGAUGACAAUUAUAGAUGCAGUUGCAAAAUCUGUUCCUCAGCCACAUAAAGUGGACCUUAAGAACCCGGAUAAGACCAUCAUAGUCCAGAUUGUAAAGACUAUUUGCUUGAUAGGCGUGGUUGAAAGGUACAAGCAGCUUUCCAAGUACAACCUGAGGGAACUGACAUCGCCCAAGCAAUAGCAACAUCAAGCAACACAUCAAAUAUAAGUUAUCUGAGCUCUCGUUUAUUUCCUUGAGAACCGAUGACAUGUUGCUAAGAGGAUUGAUGUUGAAAAAUUCCAAGAGCUCUACAGAAGUUUAGAAGUAUUGUCCGUGUGGUG